CGAAGACAUUCCGGUCGAAGAGAAAAGGCAGAAGUGGCGUUAUUUGCUGGAUCUAUUUUCGAUUUCCUAGCGAGACUUUAAAGCGAAGGCGGCGCUGAUUGGGCAGUGCGGAGUCACGCGGUGUGCACUCGCUCUGCCUCGCGCCCGUCCGUGAACGCGACUCAGCCUGCCUGCCUGCGCUAGCGGCGCUUCGAGCUCCCUGGAUCCUCCUCACAAUUAUUCUUAAUUACCCACAAACCUUUUUAAAACCCUCUUUUUCUUUGUCGUGAGACGUUUCUCCCUAUCAUGGGCGACAAAAAGAGCCCGACCAGGCCAAAAAGACAAGCCAAGCCGGCGGCGGAUGACGGCUACUGGGACUGUAGUGUGUGCACCUUCAGGAACAGCGCGGAAGCGUUUAAAUGCAGCAUCUGCGACGUCCGGAAGGGCACAUCCACAAGGAAGCCCAGGAUAAACUCCCAGCUGGUGGCUCAGCAGGUGGCACAGCAGUAUGCCACUCCUCCCCCUGCUAAGAAAGAAAAGAAGGAGAAGCCAGAGAGACCUGAGAAGGAGAGGGUUGAUGGCGAGCGACCAGAGCGAAACCUGCCUGAUGGCGAGCAGCUGGCCAAGGACAAGAUUGAGAAGGAUCAUGCUGACAAAGAGAAGAAGGACAGAGAGAAAGAAAUCACUAUUGCCCUCCCAAAGAAACCCAGCAGCAAAAAGAACAGACCUAAGUUGGACAACCAUCAAAGCCCACCAAGUGAAAGAAACAGUAUACAGUCUGGAAAAUCAACAACCAAGACUAAAAACUCUCACAUCUCAAGCAGACCCAAAUUGAAGAACGUGGACCGGAGCACGGCCCAGCAGCUGGCCAUCACGGUGGGGAACGUGACAGUAAUCAUAACGGACUUUAAGGAGAAGACGCGUUCGUCCUCCACUUCCUCCUCGACGGUGACGUCCAGUGCCGCCUCUGAGCAGCAGCACCCGAGCUCGGGUUCCGAGAGCAUGGACAAGAGCUCGUCACGUGCCUCGACUCCAAAACGAGAUAUCUCGCUUGGUCACGACGAGUCAUUCUGAGCCUUCAAACUGCUCUUGCACACUGUGGAGAUGCUAGUUGUUCUCUGAUGCCCUGCUCUCAUUCCGCCCAUCUGCUUUCUAUUUACCAAAAGAGGUGACGAAUGUUUGUCACGUCCCCACUUUUACACAAAUGUUGACUCGUGCACAUACAUUUCCUGAUCGGAGAUAAUCUCAUCUCCCUGGACUCUUAGCAGUGGAUUCUCAGCACUGGAGUGACAGCAGGGCCGGUGAGAUGGCAUCCCCGCUCUUGUAUGUAUUGUUUUAUACUUGUAAGUGAACAUCUGGCUGAAUCAACUUUUUUUUUGUUUUUUUGUAACAAGUCUGCUGUGCACAGUAACCACCUACACUUUAACAAUUUCCUGAAUGGCUAUGACACUUAUUUAUUAUCUGUUGUAUCUUAAUACUUUUAAGGAUUUUUUUUCCCCAUUGAUGCUUCACUAAGUAGCAUGGCUGAUGGUUCCAUUUUACACUUUUAAUGAGGUUUUAAUGAGUUUAAAUUGUUUUCCCGGAGCCCCCUGAGAAACUCUGCCACAUUGGUGCUAGCUACACUGUGAAUCCUUUCCUCCUCAGACUGUCUUUCACACUUCAAGGUCUUUAAGCUUAAAGCCUAUUUCACUCAUUUUUCUGCUACUUCACCUCAGCUAUUCUAGGUUUUUUUUUUUCCUCCUCUGAGAGUGCUAGGGAAGGCUGUCUGCUCUUCAUGGUGUCAUUUCUAGCCAUCAGUUUGCCAGGCAGGUCUGACGGUAUUCUAGCUUUCACACAGUCCAGACUUUGCACCCCGCUCCCUGUGAUGCCUGUCUUUGAAAUCUGUGAAUAGAACCUCAUAUUUUAUACUCGCAGUGGUUAGCUUUGGAUCAUAAAGAGGCAUCUGGGUAUAAUAUUUGAAUAAAAAGAGCAUUUACAAUUGAUUUUUUUUUUAAGUUAACUGGAAAUGCUCUUUGUUUGUUAUUGUUUAUAUUAAGGAAUUAAUGGCAUUGUUUGAGUUGUUAGUAACUUAUUGGUUAUUUAUGGCAUGUAGUUCAAACACUAAACGUUUCAGUCCAGAACCCAGUCUAACUAGUCUGGUUUUAAGUUAUGCCACACCGACCCAUGUGGUGAUUUUCCUACAGAGUGCGUUCCAGCAUACUUGAAUCACAGUCACAACUUCAAAUGCUUGUUUGGUGAAGGAUUAAAAAAAGAAAAGAAAAAAAAAAGGUAAGACAAAAUGAAGAUUGUAUCUCGGGACUCAGAUGACUUUUACUAGCUGUGUAGAACCAUAUGAUGUGGCUGAAGGAAAACAGAGGGAGUUUUUUUUUUAUUUUAUUUUUUUUAUCCCCCCGUCACUUGUCCAGAGUAUUCAGCUGCGUUUUGGACAAACUUACACCCACCUUCCCUACACUCACCAUUAUCAAAAAAGGCCAAAAUUAGUAAUACCUAACUCUCCAUACCUUUAAAAAAUAAAAAAAAGGGACAACUUUUUGUUAAAUUGUAUUAAACCUGUAUAAAGUAUGUGUAUAUGAUAUGAGUUUUAUUUAUUGAAGGACCAAAGGAAUUUGAUAUCGAUAUGAUGAUAGACAAAUAACAAUUCGAAAUGUACUGAUCAUAUGUGUGAUUUAUAUAUAAUAAUAAAUUUUAAAUAAAGUCUAAUAUAAUCCAUAUCUAGUUCUUACUGUCUAAUUCUUGUCCACAAUAUACUGUGAAAUUCAUCACUUGCUUUGGAAUCAAACCUGUAAAGACCAUGUCGGCGCUAGAUGUUGUACAUUACCAUGUUGAUUCUAGCAAGACAGUUAGAGGGUCACAUUUUGUCCAACAGUAUCGCAAUAUUUCGACUUCAACGAAUUGCUCCUUACUAAUGUUUUAGUGACUGGUUAAUGUUUCGACUCGGACGUGUGAACAGCUGUGAACGUAUCACUUGUAAACAGACUUGAAGACUUGGUUUUGCUUCUCCAGUGACAUGAUGAAUUGAAGUUUUAUGCUUUUGCUUUCUUUCCUCCAGUGGCUUUGGGAUGUGUCAUGUUCAGACCGCGGUAGUGCAUAGUCCUUUAGUGUCAUGUACAAAUGAAGGCAUUACUGGGUUACAUUGUGAGACAGUAACCAUGUCUUGUUUGUGUAUUUGUGAUAUAAACCAGUGGUUGUUGGAUUCCGAAAACAUCAAGUUGUACCCUCUUUCGACCGCACACACUUCACCGAGCCUUGCUUGAUUGAACGCUGAACCACAUAUGCGGCAGUUGUAUUGAGUCGGUAUGAUUUUUUGCGAAUAUGCAAUGUGAACACGACAUGAAGAAAACUACAUUGGGUUAAUUAUUGGGGGGGGGGGUUUUGGGUGUUUGGGGAGGGGUGUUUAGUAAUGGUCCAAAUGCUUGCCACAUUUGAGCCCACAUGUAGUUGUUGGCACUUGCUGAGCACUGUAUAGCCUACUUUACAUUUCUUAUGAAUAUAGCCAUCUUUUCACUUGCCUUACCCACUAUCAUGAGCAGUUAGCUAACUUUUGUAAAAUUGUAAAGAGAAAAAUGAAUUGUAUCUUAAUUUAUUGGAAUUUUUAAAAAGGUAAAAAAGAAAAUGUUUAAACAAUGCUUGUAUGUGUAUCUCAAUAAUGGUGCAAAUGUUAACAUAAUAGGCUACAAAUGGCAACGGAGCUGAACAUUUUUUUUCAUUAUUUCAUUUGUAAAAAAAUUUUUGGUUCGUUUUUAAACGCGCAAGCAGUUCUGUUCUUGUGUACAACCAGUAACCUUAAUUUACUGUGUAAAGAUGGUUACCUUUUUUUUAAUUAUUUUUUUUAAAAGCUUCCUUUGUCACAAACCCGUUUAUUAGACUGCUUAUUUCCUUGUGAUAUACGGUAGCAUUAACUGUGUGAAAUUCCUAUAUAACUGUACAGUACACGCAGUUGCUUAAUUCGAUUCUAAUCCGAUGUUGUUGUGAGGCGCUUUUACAGUUCGUUUCGUAAUAAGCGUAGGGUCUGUUAGUGUAUUAAUCUAACUGUUUUAUUUGACUUUGUCAUGCUUUGCGUUUUCCGCUUCUUGUGUUAUUGGUAAUUUUCUGUGAUUGUUGCGUUCGAUUUCCUUGUGUAAAUGUUUUUUUUUUUUUUUUUUUUUUUUUUAUUAUUAAUAUUAUUAUUAUUAUUAUUAUUGGACAUUGCUCCUUGUCUAUAGCUUACUACACUGUUCCAAUACUACAGUUUUCAGCAUGUGCACGACUUUGCUCUUUAGAGGCUACCAUAUAAUUUUUUUUGCUUCAAAUAGAAAUGUCUAUUUAUGCAUUUUUGGCUUGUAGUUUUUCACAAAUAAAAUGUUCAAUUUAUCUAAAAA